GUGGGGUUCAGGCCGGGACAGCUUCGUGGUGUGGGAUCAGCACGAGUUCUCGAAGCAGGUCCUGCCUCGAUAUUUCAAGCACUCCAACUUCUCCAGCUUCAUCAGGCAGCUCAACACUUACAGUGUGAUCCUCUUGGAGCAUCCAGCUACUCUUCACCGUCCCAACAGAUAGUCCCCGGGGCGAAGAGGCUAGGAUCCAAGGGCUUCCACUCUCGACGUUUUGCUCAGGUUGUUGAGAUUCAAUUUGACCCACUUGGUCGGUUGUUAGUUGUGCUUUACCCUAGUUUAGGGCACGAGAAACGAAGGAAUCUGAAAUGGCGGGAGAGAUACGCAGAUUCUAUAUGAAAUCUCAUGAAUCGGUGGCUAGAGAACAAUGGCCUGUCAUCAUAUUCUAGUGAUGACGCUUUAGACGGUAAUUUGCAGAAACUAUCAUGUCAACACUGACAUCAGAACACCCAUUAAGAUUAUCUUCUCACUGAUUUGUAUUUGAGUUCUUUUCUUAAAUGGUAAAUUUGAAUUUGGAUUCAGAAAUGCACUGCAGCAGUUCCUUUAAAGCUGUUAGUACUGUGCAUUUUGCUGUUUCGAUGCUCAAUUCUGCACUUUCUAGCUGAAGAUGAGUUUCCUUGGCCAUCGCUUCGUGUCUAUCCGAUGUUUUGGGUUUUAGGAAGAUUGAUACGGAAUGAUGGGAGUUUGCGAACGAAGGUUUUCAGGCAGGGAAGAAGCACUCGCUGAAGAACAUAAAGAGGAGAGGCAAAUUCAGCAAGCACAGGAAGACAUCGAGUAGUAGUUUUACCUCGGGUUACCCGAAAGCUGGAAAGGAAGGAAGCUGUACUCGAAACGCUUAAGAAGGACCAGGAAGCAUUAAAGGUCGAGAUCCUGAAACUAAGAGAAGAGCGGGAGAACUCACAGCAUGAGAUUGACCAGGUCGCAGAGCAGGUUCGUUGUGCCGAGUGCAGGCACCAGCAGAUGUUCCUCUUCCUCUACAAAGCUGCCAAAAACCCGAACUUUGUCCAGCAGUUAAUCCAGAAGAGGAGGCACGAGAGAGAAUUAGACACUCGUGAAUCAAGCAAGAAGAGCAAAUUGCUUGAUCCCGAUGGCGCCACCCAAUGCUUGCUUGAAGCAAUGGAUCCCAAGAUUCAAAGCCCAAAUGUUGAUUGCCUGACAAUCAGUGACGAGUCGGCUCAGAUGGAGUCUCAGCCAAAUAGUGUCGUGCUGGAGGAUUUUGAGACCAUUCAGAUGCACAAUCCGUGGCCUUCUCCACUGGGUGGCAGAGAUUUCAGGGUUGUGCAGGGUCAGACACCGGAUCAGAUGGCCGGAGCUAGUCUGUCGCAUUUGUCUUCGGUUUUCCACGAGAUGUCUGAGAGACUCCUCAGAGACAAUACGGUCGUUGGUGACAACGUCACUGAUGUCGAAGAAGUAGAAAACCUGGUGGUGAAUGACUCAAGAAUCUAUCUUGAAUUGGAGGGUCUGAUUGAGAAGCUGUGUGGUUGGAAUGAGUACCCAAGUGGGCUGAUGGAACAAGCAGCGGGACUGAUCCCCUAAAUUUCCAUGUACUCUUGCUCUGUUCCAUCUGUUAUUUUCUUGCCCAUUUGGGUUCUUCUUUCUGUAUUUAAGCUGACGCCAGAAUCAUUUUUGCUACUUUUCUUUUGUGGACCAGAUCGCAUGAUGCAGCUUUUGCCAUAAUUGGAGAGAAUUUCUUGAGUGAAGUCUCUUUGCUUGACCGAAUGAAGAUAUGCUGGAAACAGGAGGGGAGAGGGAAUCCAACCAUUAAACUAGGAUCUUACGGCAAAUGCCCAUGCUUGUCCAAAUGUUGGAAGUUUUUUCCUUUGUCCACCAUUGUAUCAGAGUCCCCUGGAUGUUCUUUUCUCUAGUAUGCACUAUUUUUUUUUUCUUUUUUGGUGUGUGUUGUAACCAGCUACGUAUAAAGAGAAGCUGUGUAUAUAGCGAAAAGUUCAAUUUCA